UGUCACCCAGCUGCUGGAGCGGAUAAGUGAAGUGGUUGAACAGAAUCGACUCUUCACCUCCGACUGGCCUGGUCUGGGUCAAGAGCUGGAGACCCUGCAGCAGCAUCUGGAGAGUCUAAGCUCCAGCCCUUUACCACCGGACUCCAACUUCAACAACAGCCAAGGUUUCACACUGGCCAGUGUGUUGAAGAACCAGUCGGAUUUCCAGCAGUUCCUGCUCAAGAACCUUUCCCUGUCCAACUCCACAACCAGCCUGCUGCUCAACACUCCAGUCAGCCUCAGAGAGGUGCACAGUCUUAUCUUUGGUACAUCUCUCAGAGAUGGAGGAGGGGCCCAAAGUUUGAUUCAGGGCACAAAAGACACCAGUCAAAAACCUGGACACAAAGUCCUUCAUCUGGGGGAGGAGCUGCUGGGAGACGUACACAGUCUGGAUGGAGGUCUGAUACACAAAGCCUUGCGUGACCCAACAAAAGCAGCCCAUCGGCAGGCUCUGCUCAAACUCAUGUCCCAGGCUUUAGGUCUCACUGACGUCACAGGAAACCAGAGGAAUGACCAACAGGGGCUGAAGGAGGUGGAGCUUCACCUGGAGCCCAACUCCCUAGUCCCUCUCUCUCAGUCCCACCUCGGGGCCUUGCUGAAGGACCUGGCCGAUGUAGAGAGGCUUCUCAAGGACGUGGACCUGCUUUCUGGCCUGGCCCGCCUGCUGCCCAAAGGAGCCUGUAUUGGUCGAACUCCGGCCUCCCCCACAAACGUGACCUGGCCCCUUAACGCCACCACCUGGGGCCCUAACACGACCGACAUCCCCGGAGAGGAGGUGGAGGAGGGAGCAGAGGGGGUCGGAGGAGCAGGAGGAGGGAAAGAGAAGAAGGAAGCAGAGAACCCUCAUUCUCAGUUUUCAGCUUUUGUGCAACUGUGGGCCGGACUGCAGCCCAUUCUGUGUGGGAACAACAGGAUCAUCGAGCCGGAGGCUUUGAAGCAAGGCAAUAUGAGUUCUCUGGGAUUCACCAGCAAAGAACAGAGGAAUCUGGGCCUACUGGUUCACUUAAUGACUACAAAUCCCAAGAUCCUUUACUCCCCCAUUGGCUCCCAGGUGGAUAAAGUGAUUCAGAAGGCAAAUGAGACCUUUGCGUUCGUCGGGAACGUGACACACUACACCCGUGUGUGGCUCAAUAUCUCCGCCCAGCUCAGGACUUUCCUGGAGGAGGGCCGGCUGCACAACCACCUAGUGUGGUUACAGCAGCUGUCCUCAGAGCUUCAGCAGCACCCGGAGUUGUUGAAUGGCACAGACAGUGAGCUGAUGCAGGGUCUGAUGGAGGGAAACUACAGUCUUCCCAACACAUCUACCCUGCUGGAGCAACUGGACACCAUCGACAACGCUGCCUGCGGCUGGACGCGCUUCAUGUCUAAGGUCAGUGUGGAUGUCUUCAAGGGCUUUCCUGACGAGGACAGCAUCGUCAACUACACCCUGAACCAGGCCUACCAGGACAACGUGUCUGUGUUUGCCAGUGUGAUUUUCCAGACUAACAAAGAUGGCUCCCUGCCACCCCACGUUCUGUACAAAAUUAGACAAAACUCCAGCUUUACAGAGAAGACCAAUGAAAUCAGACGGGCCUACUGGCGUCCUGGGCCCAACACCGGGGGGAAAUUCUACUUCCUCUACGGUUUUGUUUGGAUCCAAGAUAUGAUAGAGAGAGCCAUUAUCAACACAUUUGUGGGCCAUGACGUGGUGGAGCCUGGUAACUACGUUCAGAUGUUCCCCUACCCAUGUUACACCAGAGAUGAUUUUCUGUUUGUGAUUGAGCAUAUGAUGCCUCUGUGCAUGGUGAUCUCCUGGGUUUACUCAGUAGCCAUGAUGAUUCAGCACAUUGUGGCUGAGAAGGAGCACCGGCUCAAAGAGGUGAUGAAGAUGAUGGGUCUGAACAACGCCGUCCACUGGGUGGCUUGGUUCAUCACCGGCUUCGUCCAGCUGUCUAUCUCUGUCACCGCUCUGACAGCCAUCUUGAAGUACGGCCGGGUAUUGCUCCACAGCGACCCCUUUAUCAUCUGGCUCUUCCUCACCAUCUACGCUGUGGCCACCAUCAUGUUCUGUUUUUUGGUGUCAGUAAUCUACUCCAAGGCCAAGCUGGCUUCAGCCUGCGGUGGAAUCAUCUACUUCCUCAGCUACGUGCCCUACAUGUAUGUGGCCAUUAGGGAGGAGGUGGCCCACGACAAGAUCACUGCCUUUGAGAAGUGCAUUGCUUCUCUGAUGUCCACCACAGCUUUUGGCCUCGGCUCCAAGUAUUUUGCACUGUAUGAGGUUGCAGGUGUUGGCAUCCAGUGGCGGACCAUCAGCCAGUCCCCGGUAGAGGGCGACGACUUUAACCUGGGUCUGUCCAUGAUGAUGCUCAUCAUCGAUGCUGGUGUGUAUGGUGUGCUCACCUGGUACAUAGAGGCUGUACAUCCAGGAAUGUAUGGACUGCCCCGCCCAUGGUACUUCCCCCUGCAGAGGUCCUAUUGGUCAGGCAGUGGGCGUGUUGAGACCUGGGAUUGGCCGUGGUGUGGAGGUGGGGCUGCCAGGCUCAGUGUGAUGGAGGAAGACCAGGCUUGUGCCAUGGACCAGCGAAGAACUGAGGAGAUGCGGGGCAUAGAGGAGGAGCCGAGCCACCUGCCAUUGGUGGUGUGUAUAGACAAACUUACCAAGGUGUACAAGACCGGCAGCAAACUGGCCCUCAACAAACUGAGCCUCAACCUCCAUGAAAACCAGGUGGUCUCCUUCUUGGGACACAACGGCGCUGGCAAGACCACAACCAUGUCCAUCCUGACAGGCUUGUUCCCGCCCACAUCUGGCUCUGCCACCAUUUAUGGUCACGACAUCCGAACGGAAAUGGAGCGCAUUCGUCAGAACCUGGGCAUGUGUCCGCAGCACAACGUCCUGUUUGACAAGCUGAGUGUAGAGGAGCACCUGUGGUUCUACUCCAGACUCAAAGGCAUGGCUGAGGAAGACAUACGCAAGGAGAUGGACAAGAUGAUUGUUGACCUGGAGUUAUCCAACAAGCGUCACAGCUUAGUGCAGACUUUGUCUGGCGGGAUGAAGAGGAAGCUGUCAGUGGCCAUCGCCUUCGUUGGCGGCUCCAGGGCUGUCAUCCUAGACGAACCCACGGCGGGCGUGGACCCCUAUGCUCGCAGGGCUAUCUGGGACCUCAUCCUCAAGUACAAACAGGGCCGUACCAUUCUGCUGUCCACCCACCAUAUGGAUGAAGCAGACCUUCUGGGAGAUCGCAUCGCCAUCAUCUCACAUGGGAAACUCAAGUGCUGUGGCUCGCCACUCUUUCUGAAGAGCACCUAUGGAGACGGAUACAAACUAACACUGGUCAAAAAGCAGAGCGAAGGCAGAGGCCAGGGCAGCCAGCUGCAGCCUCCCUCAUCUCUGUCUCCCUCCUCCUCUCUGUCGCCUUGCUCAGAGUCUCGGGUCACCCAGUUUAUCCGGCAGUUUGUGGCAUCCUGCCUGCUGGUGUCCGACUCCAACACUGAGCUGUCUUAUGUCCUGCCCUCUGAGGCCGUCAAGAAGGGCUGCUUUGAGAGGCUGUUCCAGGCUUUAGAGCAGAGCUUGGACAGCCUGGCCUUGACCAGCUUCGGGGUUAUGGACACCACCCUGGAGGAGGUGUUCCUCAAAGUGUCUGAAGAGGACCAGUCUCUGGAAAACAGUGACGCUGACAUAAAGGGUUCUCCGGGGGGCAGCUCUGUGGGGAAAUCCUCAGUGGGUUCAGCAGAACUGGGGGCAUCACAGGGUGAGACCGGACCUUCAGUAAAGAGUGAGAAGCCGGAGGUGGAGCUGAGUAAUCUGGUGAUGUGCUCCAGGCUGAGCCAGAGCCAGUCCUCCCUGAAAUCCUCCUCGUCCAUCGGCUCAGUGAGGGGGGAUGAAGGGGGUCUGUACGCAGACUUCUAUGGAGAUUACUGUCCACUCUUUGACAACGGCCAAGAGUCUGACUCUGCCAGCCUAAGGGGCAAUGCAGAAAACCCAUCGUCCCCAGAGCCAGAGGUCCUGGAGGGGCAGGGCAGCUUUAAGUUGGAGGGUUGGUGGUUAAAGCUGAGUCAGUUUCAUGGCCUCAUCGUCAAGAGGUUCCACUGUGCCAAAAGGAACACCAAGGGCCUCUUCUCUCAGAUCCUCCUACCCGCCUUCUUCGUCUGUGUGGCCAUGACUGUGGCCCUAUCUGUGCCUGAAAUAGGUGAUUUGCCACCCCUGAUCUUGUCCCCUUCUCAGUAUCAUAACUAUACCCAACCUAGAGGCAACUUCAUCCCCUAUGCCAAUGAAAACAGACCCCAGUACAGGAGUAAGCUGUCACCAGACGCCAGCCCGCAGAAGAUCAUCAACACCCUCCGUCUGCCCUCGGGGGUGGGCGCUACCUGCGUCCUCAAAACCCCCUUCAACAGCACCCUGGACCAGCUGGCCCAGACCCUCAACCCCAGCGCCAAUAACUCCAAGACUCUGGCCGCCCGCUACUUUGACUCCAUGUGUCUGGACUCCUUCACCCAGGGGGUCCCCCUCUCCAACUUUGUACCCCCGCCUCCCUCACCGGCACCUUCAGAUGACCCAGAACCUCGCUUUGAGGACGGACUGUGGAACUUGACAGUCGCCCCUCCAACCACAGUCCAUGAGCCCGUGACAUCUCCUCCCACACUCCCCCUCUCCGUCCACGAGCCGGUGCGUUGUACCUGCUCCAUGCAGGGGACAGGCUUCUCCUGCCCCAGUGGGGUGGGAGGGCGGCCCCCCCUCAUGAAGGUGGUGACAGGUGACAUCCUGGUGGACAUCACAGGCCGGAACGUCUCUGAGUAUCUGCUCUUCACAUCGGACAGACUGCGCCUGCACAGAUAUGGUGGUUUAACAGUGGGGAACAUCCAGAAAUCUAUCCCAGCAUCCUUUGGGAGAAAGAUACCUCCAAUGGUUCGCAAGAUAGCGGUUCGCAGGUCGGCUCAGGUUCUAUACAACAACAAAGGUUACCACAGCAUGCCAACCUAUCUGAACGUCCUUAACAAUGCCAUCCUGCGUGCCAACCUGCCAGCAUCCAAGGGCAACCCUGCCGCCUACGGUAUCACACUGACAAACCACCCAAUGAAUCGAACCAGUGCCAGCCUCUCAUUGGACUACUUGCUCCAGGGGACCGAUGUGGUGAUUGCCAUCUUCAUUAUUGUGGCCAUGUCUUUUGUGCCAGCCAGCUUUGUGGUGUUCCUGGUUGCAGAGAAAUCCACAAAGGCCAAACACCUACAGUUUGUCAGUGGCUGUGACCCUGUCAUCUACUGGCUGGCUAACUACAUAUGGGACAUGCUCAACUACCUGGUACCUGCCACAUGCUGUGUUAUUAUUCUGUUUGUGUUCGACCUGCCGGCCUACACCUCCCCAACCAACUUCCCUGCUGUCCUCUCACUCUUUCUUCUCUACGGGUGGUCCAUCACUCCCAUCAUGUACCCAGCAUCUUUCUGGUUCGAAGUUCCCAGUACAGCUUACGUGUUCCUCAUAGUCAUCAACCUCUUCAUAGGCAUCACUGCGACUGUUGCCACCUUCCUGCUCCAGCUCUUUGAACAUGACAAGGAUCUGAAAAAAGUCAACAGUUACCUGAAGUCCUGUUUCCUCAUCUUCCCGAACUACAACCUGGGCCAUGGCCUGAUGGAGAUGGCCUACAACGAGUACAUCAAUGAAUAUUACGCCAAAAUAGGCCAGUUUGACAAGAUGAAGUCUCCGUUCGAGUGGGACAUUGUGACUCGAGGACUUGUUGCCAUGACAAUCGAAGGCUUUGUUGGCUUCCUUAUCACCAUCCUCUGCCAGUACAACUUCCUCAGGAAACCCCCGAGGGUGCCAGUCAGCUGUCAGCCUAUAGACGAUGAUGAUGUAGAUGUGGCCUGUGAGAGACGAAGAGUGCUGCGAGGAGACGCCGACAAUGACAUGCUGAAGAUCGAGAACCUGACAAAGGUGUAUAAAUCCAGGAAGAUGGGUCGUAUCCUGGCUGUGGACCGGCUGUGUCUGGGUGUCCGUCCUGGGGAGUGUUUUGGACUGCUGGGAGUGAACGGAGCCGGAAAGACCACCACCUUCAAGAUGCUGACGGGUGAUGAGUGCACCACUGGAGGAGAGGCCUUCAUUAAUGGAAACAGCAUCCUGAAGGACCUGUUACGUGUGCAGCAGAGUAUCGGCUACUGUCCACAGUUUGACGCUCUGUUUGACGACCUGACCGCCAGGGAACAUCUGGAGCUUUACACCCGCCUCCGUGGCAUUCCGUGGAAGGACCAGGAGAGGGUGGUGCAGUGGGCAUUAGAAAAGCUGGAGCUGUCAAAAUAUGCAGACAAGCCUGCCGGCACUUACAGUGGAGGAAACAAACGCAAGCUUUCCACUGCCAUCGCUCUGAUUGGAUACCCCUCACUCAUCUUCCUGGAUGAGCCCACCACUGGGAUGGACCCAAAGGCGCGCAGAUUCCUCUGGAAUUUAAUCCUGGACAUAAUCAAGACUGGACGCUCUGUAGUGCUGACGUCACACAGCAUGGAGGAGUGUGAGGCUCUGUGCACCAGACUGGGCAUUAUGGUGAAUGGCAGGUUUAAAUGCUUGGGCAGCAUCCAACACCUCAAGAACAGGUUUGGGGAUGGCUACAUGAUCACAGUGAGGACCAAGAACAGCUCCAAUGUGAAGGAGGUGGUUCGAUUCUUCAACAGAAACUUCCCUGAGGCCGUGCUGAAGGAGCGUCACCACACCAAGGUCCAGUACCAGUUGAAGUCUGAGCGGAUCUCCCUGGCUCAGGUCUUCAGUAAGAUGGAGCAGGUGGUGGAGGUGCUGGGCAUCGAGGACUACUCUGUCAGUCAGACCACUCUGGACAAUGUGUUUGUCAACUUUGCAAAGAAGCAGAGUGACAACCUGGAGCAGCAGGAGGCGUCGCCCCCGGGUGGCGGACAGUCCCCCCUGCAGCGCAUCCUCAACCUGCUGAAGUCUCGGCCGGCGAACACGGAGCUCAGUGCUCUGAUCAGCGAGGCGCCUGAGGAGCUGGAGAGCGACGAUGAUGAAGGACUCAUCAGCUUUGAAGAGGAAAGGGUGCAGCUCUCCUUCAACACAGACACCCUCUGUUGAAUUGAGCCACUCACAGAGCAGAGAUAAUGAGAGUGACAGAGGGGGAAAACCCAGACCCGUCUGUCUGAGCUCUGAGGCCUGGAGGGGGAGAACAGAGCUGCUGAUUUAACCCUGAAGAGGACCAAAACUCUCUGCACCAUGGAACAUAGGACCAGUAGUUCAGUAUUUCAGCCUCAAAUUCUUCAUCCCAGGAGGGGACUGAGGUGGGUUAGGGGACACCAUACAGACACAGGUGAUGGCCUGCAGAGCCUGUGAUGCAGGUAAAGACACCGCAGCAGUGCUUGCAUUUGGAUUGAAGACUUUGUCCUGGAAUGUUUCCAUAUUUAUUUAUAUGUUUUGAGAAUGUAUCUCACUAGAUGGCUGAUGGGUACUGUAGGUUAGCUGCCUUUGUUAGCGAAUGAACAUAUCAUUGGUGAUAUGUGAAAAACCAAGCGUUUUAAACCACGGGGUAAUUUUGAUUUGGUUGUACGCGCUCCCUGCCAAAGGGGCUUCAUGUAACCUAGAGCGGGCCCUCGUUGCUGUACCAAACUAGACCUGCCUUGAGAGCAUGUUGUGAUGAAGUCGACUCCCAGUGAUAAUGUAAUACAGUAUAUUUUUCUGUGGCAAGAAGAAUGAUUUAUUUUGGAUAUCGAAGCAGCUACGAACGUGUGUGAUUUAUUUUGCAAUAACAAAUGAUUUAGAGAAAUUACUGGGUGCAGAUGCGUGUGCGAGCUGUUGGCCUUUUCUUUGAACUUGAUGUCAGAGACUCGACAAAUGUACAUGGCAUGGUUAUUGUCCUGAUGGUGCCUCCCUUCUAUCAACUUGUUUUGACACUGUACACUUUCUACUGAAUGCUCUCUUUUAUGCUUUUAACAUAUCAUUAUGUUGUGGACUCUGCCAAGAAGAUCCUCUAUAAACCGGACACAGUGUAUAAUAAUAUUAAUAAUAUUAAUAACUCCAUCCAAUGAAGGUAAUCAGCAUUGUAACAGUCUGCAACUGAAGUGAACUCGGCUCAUAUUCCCUGACAAUAACUGCACUACCAUCACUGUGAUACUAAAGGGAACUCUCAGAUCAGAAUAAUCUCUUGUUUAACUUGGGUACAGCACACGUUUUAUGAUUUGCAGACGAUGUUGUCAUUUUAAUGGAGUUUGGAAAUGUGCACAAUAUCCACAUUUACAAAAACAUGGAUGUUUAUCUGACUGUGCGUUGGCAUGUGGUUUUAAGUGGUCUCUCUCAGUUUUGUGAUAAUUGAGUUGUAACGUGUCCUGUCAAGAUAAUUACUGUUUCACUACUUCUUUCACAGCUAAUUGCAGUCAUAUUUUUGGUGAUUAUUAUGGCACUGGUGGGCUGUUUUCCUACUUGAAGGGGUUAUCAUUAAACGAGAAAAACUGACUGUUGUAAUUUCUUCUCCUCUGUUCUCUGAGAAUGUAAAGCUGGAGGGUUGACGAAAUAGGUAGAGGUAGUUCUAUUAUAAAAUUCAGUCAAAAACAAACAACGCAAACAAGGCUAAUUUUUGUUAACAUUUACGUUUCUUUUAAAGCAUGAAACAUCUUGUUAAAACAGUGGUGCAUAGAGCCACUGCAGGGGGGGCUUGUAUAACUUUGGUGGAAAUAAUCCAGAGUAUAUCCACAAGGGCUGCCCCCAAAUACACAUUUUCCUAAUUGACUAUUUACAUUUACUUACAAAUGAACUUGCUCCUCUUCUUCUGUUUCAUGCCUCUGCUGUCCCCGCCUUAACCCGCCUUUCCCUGAGUCAGAGUCCUGGUUGGAGCUGCUGGACCUGGCCUCCGUCAGUGCAGACUAUGUGAACCCAGUUCUGUUACCCAUUCGCCCAGCUCCGGUUCUGGUGCUUAUUUCCCACUAGUUCCUCCCUCAAAGCUCCUAUGCUAGUAUUGCAAACAGACCUCCACCCACCCUUCAAGCUGCCAGUCCUGGUCGAGUCAGAUAAUAGCAACUAGUACAGUAAGCACAUGCAGCAGUGCACCUCGAAGACACUUCCUGUGUUACAAGAGAAAAGGCCUGUGAUGUAACAAUUUUCUGAUACUUUCGGCCCAGUGACAUGGCGCAGCUCCCGAACAGUUUGACAGGGUUUUUUCUGAAACUACCCAACGUUGGCUAUAAUGGUUUAGUCGACUAUUAGGGGGCAGCCCUAAUUUCCACACAUCUGGUUUAUCGUUUUUGUGGAGGAUAGAAUACGCAAGAUGCAGGCUCCCUGUAGUGGCAAUUAAAAAUAAAUCAAUAUAGGACUGUGUGUUAGAUGGACAACUUUUUGAAGUCACUCAUGCGGACAUUCACAAUUAUCCCAAUUCACAAUUAUCUUAAUAAUAACAGUAAACUUGUGGAGUGUUAUUUUAUUCCGAUAUCUUCCCAUCUCUAGAAACAAACAUUAUGGAGUCAGACACUAAAGAGGAUACUCGUGUCACCAGCAGCCACUGGAGUUUGGUGCAAUCAUUAGCACUUUAAAAAAAGAUAUUUUUUAACUUUACUCUAUAUUUAAUAUGGAUUUUUGAGUGGAUGUAAAGCAUCAUCACAGUUUCGUUUUUAAAAAACAUCUGACAUUCGCCUUGAAGCUCACGUAUGAUUAAACUGUUAUUUCUGAACUCACAGCGUGUUGCGUUGGAUGCUUUUGCUUUUAGUUUGCUUUGAGUGAGAAAGAGUAACAGUCAACCUCCUUUAAAAUGUGUUUUGCUUAUUAUUACUUCACAUGGAUGUUUGAGCUUCACAUGCACAGAGACAAAGAGUCUAGGUCAUUCAAGUUUCUCUGUGCUCGACUAAGUUCAGAUUUUUUGUGUAUUCCCUAUGUACAUUUAAUGAGGUUUUUGUUCACUGUAAUUCUUUUCUUGUUCAUUCUGGCCACAAUCCCGCCUUAAAGGAAUUUUAAUGUUAGAGGUGUGUAAAUCAUUUAUAUAAUUUGUAAUAUAUGAUAAUUAUAAAGUUCAGCCAGAGCUAAUAUGAGACUUCGGCAGUCAGAGUAAGAGCAACAGGACUUAAAAACAUAAGUUGGUAUCUUUAGUAGUCUUUUUAAUAAAGACCCAUCUUUAUAUAAAAUGACAUGUUUGUGUCUAUACCUCUGCCAUGGCUCAGCAAGAAAAUACACUUACAAGACUGUAGCUUUGGAAGAUAAUUGAUUGCUCCGACUGCUGGAACCUCAUAUUGAGCCUUGGCUAAACUUAAGAAUAUGUAUUCACACACAACUAAGGCUGUGGCUUUCACAUGCAUUGGAAUCACUUGUAAGAAGGGAGGUCUUUGGGGCCAGAUGAACGAGAGGACCAGAGUACAAAAGAACCUAUCCUUUUAUAAAAAUAACUAAUAUUUUCUAAAACUUUCACUGUAUCCUGACAGUAUACAUGAGACAGAUAAUCUGGCUCCUCCUAAUGCUCCUAAUGGAAUUAACAAGAAUCCACCAGGCCUGGAU